AUGUCGGUCAAGUUAAAAAUUCCCCAUGCACACACGGGUGCUAUCCACGCUCUUUCAUAUAACUCCAAUGGUAGCUAUGUACUAUCUGGAGGUCAAGAUAGAAAGGUCGUACUUUGGAAUGCCAAUUCGGGUGUAAAAGUUCAAGUAUAUCAGUUUCAUGCCUACGAAAUUUUAGAUAUCAAUGUAACCUUUGAUGAUACAAGAUUUGUCAGUUGCGGAGGAGAUAGAACGGCCUAUGUCUGCGAUGUUUCCAGUGGUAAGACUACGAACCGAUUCACUGGCCAUAUUGCUAGAAUUAAUAGCGCAUGCUUUAAUUUCGAUUCGUCAGUAGUGGCAACUGCUAGUUAUGAUAAAACGGUAAAAAUGUGGGAUUGUCGGUCUAGCAGCCACUCCCCAAUUCAGACUCUCACAGAUGCUUCGGACAGCGUUUCAAGUGUGGUUAUCGAUAGAGCUCAGGUAUUUACAGGUUCUGUUGAUGGAAAAGUAAGGAUAUACGAUAUUCGAAAAGGGAAGCUAUCUACUAUGACAAUUGGGUACCCUGUGACAUCAGUAAAGCCUAAUGUUGAUGGCGAUACUGUUCUUGUAUCGUCUCUAGAUAGUAGAAUACGACUUAUGGAUGUUGCUGAUGGCAACCUCUUGAAGACAUAUAAGGGCCAUGUUAAUAUGCUGUAUCGGAUUAAAUCAGCAUUUGUGAAAAAUGAGUCUGAAGUUGUUACCUGCAGUGAAGACGGAAAAAUAUAUUUCUGGGACAUUGAAUCUGGAGAAAUCGAGCGAACCCUUACUCAAACCUCUCAAUUGAACAGUAACAGUACAAUGAGCUCGACAUCAUACUCGCUUGCAAUCCAUCCAACUACAAAUGAAAUAUCAACGUCAUCUCUUGACGGUUCUAUUCAACUCUGGAAUAAAUUUUAA